ACACACACACACACACACACACACAGAAACAAACAUGUGCAACGGAGAAGUCUGGAUUCUGUCGUUAUGCAACUGAAAAAAAGACGUUCCAUGGAACAUCGCUGAUCACGUCACGAUACAGACAUUGUAUACAGACAAACUGUGGGGUUCGCUACCUAGUACACAUCUUUGGUAAACAUCUUGACAUUUGCUCCUAACCCAAGUAAAUCACAUUGUAACUGCUAGACUUCCUGCAAAACGGAUUUCCCCUGCAAAACCGUAACUUUUUUCGAAAUUCGAGCCAGAACGGAUGGAAUAGAGUAACGUAACUAAGCAAAAUUGUGCUUUCACUGAUGACGUAAUAAUUUCUGAGCGGCACAAUUACUUCUGUGACGCGACCUUUGAACUAUCUGUUAGAGACCUGGAGACCACCACCCGCUAUCUGAACCACUGCUCUCGCUACGAAAAGGAAAGAGGACAUCACAUGCUGCAAGAAACAGAGAGUCUAUACGAGACCUAAAGCAUAUCAUCACCAUAGCUGGAAUGAAAGGAGACCUUCGAAUUCAACAAGCGGAUGUAGUUAGCCUUCCACCAGUACGUCAAGAGUACGCACCGACUCGACGUGCUCUACCGUAGACACACCUCGAGCACCACGCAAGCACAAGACACCAAGAGUUAAAUACCAAGACCAACCCAGCACCAAGUGACCAAAUCUAACGAGAUUUUAGACGUUAAACAAGGACAACAACAACAACAACAACAACAUACCUGAUCAGUGGUGUGGACUUCUGAGUAACCAGCAUGUUAGGCACGUCGUUACAACAAGUGGACCUGUGUGUGGAUCUAGAGUUGGAGGGUUGGCUGGACAGGGCCAGGCGGCUGACAGGACCAUAUAAACCGAGGUGGUUCGUUCUGGCGGGAAAUCUACUCUAUCAAUACAAGACCCCGAAUGCCCCAAAAGGCGCCUGGUGUCGCUUCUGCAGAUGGCCGUGCCUGUCGCUAGAAGGCGCUGUGGUCAGCAAGGGAGACGCCAAUUCUCUUCUUAUCCAGAAAGACAAGGAUAAGAUUUUUCUCCGGGCUAGCUCUGCUUCUGAACGAAAAACUUGGCUAUCAGCUCUGAAACACGCCAGUGACAGGCACUAUGACAGCUCAUCACAGCUGUCCGUCACAGCUUGCGCUGAGCAACAGACCAGCUUGAGCCAACAGUACAUGGACAGCGUCCUGCCAGCAUUGGCAGCCUCACACGACGAGUUCGAACGUCACAGCCAAAUCUCCAAGCGGCGCGCCGCAGAACUGCAAGACUAUCUCGACUCCCUGAAAGAAGACCUGCAGGGCGUAGACCAUCAAGGGUUGGAAAGAAAACUCAAACUCUUCGACUUGUCGGCUAAGGUGGUGAUGCAGUCUAGCCAAGACCUGCUGAAGAUGGCCACGAAGCACAAGAAGGCGUUUGAAGCUUCGGUGAUCGCGUCAGGGCUGGGGAGUGUGGCGGGGGCACAGGCCGCUCCCCGCGGGAGCCAGGGAAGCGUCGCCCCGGUACCGGCCUGUGAGUAUGACCGUUUCAACAGGAGAAACAGCAGCUUCGUUUGGAGCCAGAAGACGGGUUUCGUGGAGAUCUUCGACGACAAGGAUGAAGACAGCGGUAGUCAGGAUGGUGAAUUUCUAGAUGCUGUCUCGACUCAUCGUUGUCAGUCGGAAACCCGCUGUACAAUACUUUAAAGAGGGCAUCCUGUAACAUUUUCGUACAGGCAAUUGGAAUAUGUUGAUGAUUGGACAUGUUGUACUUUACUUCCAUAUUUGAACAUAUUUGUGCAGGUACCUCACAUUUCUGACAUUCAUGGUCGGUGCUGUAGUACUGAACAAAUGUGGCUGACAGCUGUUUACAACCUGUAAGGCACCUUCACUUCCCAAAUGUAGCAGAUUGUCAUUGAUUUCGACAUCCUGUGCAAUGUAAAAUGGCACUGACUGGGUCACUUUCUGUCAAUGGGCCAGUUUAUUAUAAAAUCGGUGGAAAUUUUGCUGUGGUUUUCUUAUUCUCUGUCCUGUCUUGUCACCAUGCUUUUUCGUACAAGAAGAACACUGAUAUAACGGGACCACUUUUCCUCGGCCCCCUGGUGGUCGUGUUAGACAGUUUGACUGUAAUUCCUUAUAAAAACUGCAAAACGUUACACCAUAUCAUUGGAUACAAACUCAUCGAUUGGGAUCAGAAUGUAGGAAUGAUGUUGAGAUACGGUCUGCCCCGGCGUUAUCUACCGUAGACUGGCUGUCGAAGUUCUCCGCAGCGGGGCAGGUACAGCCCCGGCGGGCAGCCGGUAACCCUCCUCACACGGGCCUCCUCUCCUGAAGACACGUCCCGAUAUUAUUACAAAGUCAGCUACUCUCUCCCACUCGAAGAAGGCGCCCUGCAGGUAGUUAAAAUGCACCCCGUUCCGUCUUUCUGUAUGACCCGUAACAUAAGUAGCUUUCACAACAUCACGGUAGAUCACUAGCAGAGUCUUACCCUCUCUCUGCAAUGUUUACAACACAUUUUAAGCAUACCCAAGCAAUGUUGAUGAUUUCGUGACCUUCUCCACUGAAGCAAAACAAGGCCGCCUUUCCUGGCAAA